UUUUGGUAUGUCUCUAUGCUGACGGUGAAAAACAGGUUCCGUGUUGGUGUUGUGUUGUUUUGUGCCACUGCUCAGGCGGUCAGAUGUCAGCCGCUGAAGAUGGAGCAUUUAUCGUCAGACUCCGAAACUGAAGAACAUGUGCAACCUUUACUUCGCCGAAAAGACACCGGGGACAUUCAGAAAGCUCCGGCUUGCUGCUCUUCACGUUAUGGGCUGUCCUUAUUGUCUUGCUAUGGCUUCUUUGUGGCGUAUGCCCUAAGGGUGAACCUUAGUGUGGCAAUGGUGGACAUGCUGAAAAACAGCUCCAGUGUCAAUACCAGUUCCUCCGAAUGCCCUCAGCACAGCAACCCUGUACCCAAACACAAUCACACUGCCCGUGUGCAUGACUGGAAUUCUGAGACCCAGGGCUGGAUCCUGUGCUCUUUUUUCUACGGAUAUAUCCUUACUCAGAUACCAGGUGGCUAUUUGGCACGUAAGUAUGGUGCUAAGUGGCUCUUGGGUCUUGGCAUCCUUUGCACUGUGAUCUUCACCAUGCUGACUCCUCUGGCUGCUGAUCUGGGAGCUGGUUACCUCAUUGCUGUCAGAGUGUUGGAAGGUAUUGGGGAGGGUGUGUCAUUCCCUGCUAUGCAUGCAAUGUGGGCAUCAUGGGCACCACCUCUGGAGAGAAGUCGACUGCUCACUAUCUCUUAUGCAGGUGCUCAGUUGGGAACUGUAGUGGCCCUCCCCCUGUCUGGCCUGAUAUGCUUUUACCUAGACUGGACAUAUGUCUUUUAUAUAUUUGGUGCUGUUGGUUUACUCUGGUUUAUCCUUUGGACUUGCCUGGUCAGUAACACUCCCAGCUCACACAAAAGGAUAUCAGAGGUUGAGAGGAACUACAUAACAUCAUCUUUAAAAAAUGAACUGUCUCCAACCACAGACUACAUCCCAUGGGCAUCAAUCCUUAAGUCUUUGCCAUUAUGGGCCAUAGUUGUGGCACACUUUUCUUACAACUGGACAUUUUACACUCUGUUGACUCUCUUACCCACCUACAUGAAUGAUAUUCUCGGAUUCAGCAUCCAAAAGAAUGGCAUGCUCUCGGCUCUGCCUUAUCUUGGUUGUUGGUGUCUGGCUCUGUUGGGUGGGCAGCUGGCAGACCUCCUCAGAGAGAAAUAUCUCAUCCGCACAGUAAUUGUGCGCAAGGCUUUCACUAUAGUAGGAAUGAUGGGGCCAGCUGUGUUUCUGGUGGCUGCUGGCUAUACUGGAUGUAACUACUACUUGGCUGUUGCCUUCCUCUCCAUCUCUUCCUCUCUAGGGGGCAUUUCAGCCUCUGGAUUUAACAUCAACCAUUUGGACAUUGCUCCCUCCUAUGCUGGAAUAUUGCUUGGGAUCACAAACACAUUUGCCACAAUACCCGGCAUGGUGGGGCCUGUAAUAGGAAGCUCACUGACCAAAUCUAAGACCAUUGCAGAGUGGCAAACUGUCUUCUACAUCUCAGCGGGAAUCAAUAUGUUUGGAGCCAUUUUCUUCACAUUAUUUGGGCAGGGCACAGUCCAGCCCUGGGCUGUCCAGAGAAACCACAUCCAAUAAACCGGGAGCCAUUUCCAAAAGGACACUACAAAUGAAUAUUGCACAAUGCUAUUUUUAUUACUAUUAUCAUUCAUGUAAUAUACCAUGCAGAGACACCAUGACAUUGGGUAAAUGGUUUAAUUGGUAAUGUCUGAAUUGUCCAAACAUGUAAAUGUAUUUCAGUGUUCAUUUUUUCUAUUAUUUUAAGGUGAGAUUAAAAUAAAAAUAUUUAAGUGAAGAAGUGAAUACAUUUGUAUAUUUGUAUGAAAUAUACAGUCAUUAUAAAAAUACAAAACGGUUGAUCACCAUGUUGGAUCUUUUGUAGCAGAUUCCUCUUGUUCUUCUUAUGCCUUACUGUGUCAUUAGCACAAUAUGCCUUGUGUUAUAACUUUGUGCACAAGCAACAACAGUUUGAAAGGGACAUAUUUUCUCUUGUUUAAAUCAUGGCUGGUGUUGAGAUUUCAGCCUUUUUUUUUAACUGAUUUAUGUUUACAUUUUUUUUUUUUAUUUAUUUUUUUUUUUUUUAUACAAAGUAAAAUAAAAUCUAAAAGUAUAAAAACUGUGUAAACACUGUAUCUUGUAUAAUCUGUGGUUUGUAAAGAUGCUACACCACAUGCUUCAUAUUUGAAUGCCAGUGCAUAUCAAAUAAAAUUAUUACACUCA